AUGGGAGAUGCUGAAGCAGGCAAGAUCUUUAUUCAAAAAUGUGCUCAGUGCCACACAGUGGAAAAAGGUGGAAAACACAAGACAGGUCCAAAUCUCUGGGGCCUUUUUGGCCGAAAAACAGGACAAGCACCAGGAUUUUCUUACUCUGAUGCAAACAAAAACAAAGGUGUUAUCUGGGGAGAGGAAACUCUGUUGGAAUAUUUGGAGAACCCAAAGAAAUAUAUCCCUGGAACUAAAAUGAUCUUUGCUGGUCUUAAAAAGAAGAAUGAGAGAGAAGAUCUUAUUCAGUAUUUGAAACGGGCAACAUCUUCAUAA